UCUUUUUUUCCUCUUUGCCCAUCCAAAUAUUUUUCCAUUUUUCAUUUCUUUUGCUCUUAACAAAAUCAAACACUUUUUAUAGAAUCAAUACAACUAGUCUUAUAUUUUCUUCUUUUAACUUUUUUUUUUUUCCCUUCAAAACUCCACCUAUUACUUUCAUUUCAUCUCUUCAACCCCAUACCCUAGUUUUUCUUCACCCCCAUCACCCUCCCUCCAUGGACCCCCAUCACCUCUCAAACCCUCCUCCUCAUCUCGAUCGCUCCGCCAUGGAUGACCACCAUAUCCUUCACCAUCAUCACCACGUUCAUGAUCUUGAUUCUAUUUGGCCGUCGUUUUUGCCUUUUCAACUCUCUGAUCAUCACGAUCAACAACUCCCCACCUCCUCCACCCAUUUUGUAAUAGGCUACAGUACUCCAAGUUCUGGAACAGGUGAUGAUGAAGAAGAGCCGGAAGAAGAGUUAGGUGCGAUGAAGGAGAUGAUGUAUAAGAUUGCAGCAAUGCAGCCGGUGGACAUCGACCCGUCAACCAUUCGGAAGCCUAAGCGACGAAACGUGCGGAUUAGUGAUGACCCCCAAAGCAUCGCGGCUCGUCUUCGACGAGAGAGGAUUAGCGAAAAGAUCAGGAUUCUUCAAAGGCUCGUGCCUGGAGGGACAAAGAUGGACACAGCUUCAAUGUUGGAUGAAGCCAUUCGCUAUGUUAAGUUCUUGAAGAGACAAAUCCGGUUGCUACAGUCAAGUCAACCGCCGCAACAGCCAAGCACCAGCGGUGGAGCCACCACCGCUGGCGGCGGAGGAGGGUGGCAUUUUCCAUUCAAUAAGGCUAAUGGUUCAACCUCCUCGUCCACUUCCAUGGAAAAUACUCCUGCUAUUACACCAACAGGAUGGAAAGUUUGUUUGGCCGACUCUUCUUCCUGGAAUUAACACUGACGUGAGGUCCUCUUUAAUAUCAUUACUUUCUUUUUUUUCUUCAUGCUUCUCUCUCAUCAUCUCUCUCUCUUUUCUACCCAAAACUUUAUAAUACUAUAUAGUAUGAUUUAAGAAAAUAAGUUUUAAAAAAUAGGUUCAUAUGGUAUGGUAGAGAUAUUAAUCUUCCAUAACAAAAAAAAUUAAACAAGUCUAAUCUAUGAAAGGUAUGAAAAAAAAAGGACGGAUUAACUUGAUACAUUAAAAAAUGACAUAUAUAUGUAUAAAAGGAAAAAAAUGUGGAACAUUACAAUUUUAAUAUCAUAUUGUCGUUGAGUGCAACUUUCUCUUUGAAUAUGUUAGGAGUGAUUUUAGAAUGGUUAAAAUUAUUUUUGUCAUUUUAAACAUUAUUAUGUGAUAUGUGUUUGAACAAAUUGCAAGAGCUACUCUUAAAGUAUGGUGACAUUAGGAUAUAUUUAUACCUCGAACUUAUAAAAAUGUUAAAUUUGAAUUUUCAAUAGUUGUAACAAUUGUAUAAGUUUUUUCUUUUUUCUAUUUGGGAGUCUAAUUAAUUUCUAUAGCUAGUGUAACUCGAGAGUCAAAUUUUAAUAUAAGUAGAAGUUAAACUGCCCAAUUUUUACAAUUAAAAGUUUGUGAUUAUUCGUAUAA